UGCCGCGCCUGUGCGCCCACGUUGAACGCUUUCGUUUCUUGUCCGCAAGGACAGAGGUGAAAAGACGGAAAACGAGCUUCCCAAGGAGUGAAAUUUUACGCGAGAUGUUGUCGCCAUGUGAACUUACCUCAAAGGUGAAUUAUUAACACGAAAAAAUAACUGUUUUUAUCAUCAGUGCAAACCUGAAUAAACAAAAAUGACGGUCCGUUUCCCGGAAGUAAUAAGAAGCGGAUCGGAGGUGGAAGGCGGUUUGUCAGGACCGGCCAAUCCAAUACCCAGCCAAUCAAUUGAUUGCGGUUGCGGACAAAUGCAAUGCCCGAAACUGGCGAAAUUUGCAACGCGGAAACUCUUCGUGGGAUUGAUUUGUUGGAUCGGUGUGGUGCAAACUGCAUCAUAUGCUUAUUUUCAUGUGACGGGAUCCACAAUAGCUAGAAGAUUUCAAAUCGAUCCUUAUGUAAUGGAUUGGAUUCUUGUUGCAGCAGAAUUAACACCUGUUUUAUUAGGAUUGAUGGUAGCAUAUUGGGGCGACAGAAUACACAGGGCUUCGUGGAUAGGAGCUUUAACCCUUUUACAAAGCGUCUCGUAUUUCAUUUUGAUAAUACCCCAUUUAACACAUCGUGUCCGUGUGAUCGAGGAAACACAAAACAUCACUCAUAUGUCAUUGUACGCGGAUGAUAGUCCAGAAUUAUGCACUGCCAAAUCAUUGAGGAUCAUCACAGAGGAGGACGAGCUUUGUUAUUUUACUAUGACUAUCCUAAUUCUAGUACUAAUCGUAAGCGGGAUUGCAAAUAUCACAUACUAUGCACUAGGAAUUUCUUACUUAGACGAUAACACAAAAAGGAAAAACGUGACCGCUUUCAUCGGUGUAAUAAUCGCCGUGAGGAUCAUCGGGGUUCUUUUUGGGUACUUAUUAGGUUGGGGAUGCCUUUGGAUAGACGCGGAAGAUUUCAGUAUUAUACAAUCAUAUCAGGAUCAAGUCGGAGCGUGGUGGCUUGGAUUCCCAAUUCUCUCCAUAUUAUUGGUGAUUCCUGGCUUGCUGCUUUCGUGGUUCCCAAGAAGACUACCUUCAGAGGUUGUCGAACAAGCUGCAGCUUCACUUCUCGAUCGAGCUGCGAUACGUAACCGAGCACCCCACCGAACGACCAAUAAAAAGGUCGGCAGUCCCAAUUUUUGGCCGUCGUUAUGCAGAUUGAUCACUAACAAAAUUUUAAUAUGCAAUAUUCUGGCGACGGUACUCAGCGCCACGGCUUUUGUAAAUUUCAUGACGCACGAGGACAUCUUCUUAGAGUCCAGAUUUCACGUACCUAGACCGACAGGAAUGUUCCGUGGAUUUAACGAUCCUCUGUCUUCCAGGCUAAUCAUCACUAUUGUGAGACCCGUCCUAAUUGGACUGGUCGUAAUCAUCAGUGGCCUAGUAUUAGCCAAGGCAAAACCACGAGCGAGAUUUAUUGUCGGUUACAGUUUCGUUAUCGUGCUUCUGACAAUAGCGAUUAUCAUCGCGCUAAUCUUUGCCACUUGCGACAAACCACCUGUCGUUUAUUUAGAAAAAGGCUCCAACACAUUCUUGAAAUAUUGCAACAAACACUGUGGUUGCUCUAAGGACGCCGAUUUCCGACCGAUUUGCGACAGCUUGGGAAAGUUCACGUACUAUAGCCCUUGCUACGCCGGCUGCUCCGCAAUCAUUUACCUCGACAACGUGAAGAUCUACAGCGGUUGCAGCUGCGUGGAGGACCUGACAGGAUGGGGUAAUGACCAAGCGAAAGAUGGCCCGUGCGAUUCGACUAAAUGCCAGGCCGCCUGGAUGCUUUUUGAGUUUGGAUCUUUAUUGGCGUAUGCGUUAUUCGCUUCCACUUUCGUAGGAGAUGUAUUGAUCAGUAUAAGAUCCGUCUACAAGCAAGACAAAGCUAUCAGCAUAGGCUUCUGGAUGAUGUGGAUCGCAAUAUUCGUUUUUGCUCUUGGCAAAGUUCUUUACGAAUUCGUCACGCGUCAGGCGUGUCAAUACUGGGGCAGUCAAAAGAUAAUUUGUCAUUUGCACGAUUCCGAAAAACUCGGGGAUUACUUGUGUUAUUUGACAAUAUUAUUCUUAUUACUUUGUCUCUUAGUCAAAAUUAUUGUUUGGUUUUUCUGCAAAAAUUUACAGUUAUACGAAGAAGUUGAAUUUAAAGAUCAAGAAAAUGUUGAGGUGCAAGAAAUGAUCGAACAAGUAACAGCCGAGCAACCCGAAAUCUUAAACAACAAUAAUGGUGAAAUAAGACAAGUGGCGGCGGUUGUUGAACCAGAAACAAGGAUUGUACCAGAGGCAGCAAAACCGGAAGAAAAUUCAUUGAGAAAAGAAGAAGAUACUCAAAAGAGCGCAUCUCUGAAGUACGGCCCGUUGGGUCCGGGCGAUCGUCGAUCGAAUUCAAAUCCACCAACAAAAAACAAUUCGCAAUCGACGAUCCGAAAUCUUGAGUCCGAGGACGAGCUGGACAGUUCGAGCGACGAGAGUAAGAGACGGUCGAGUACACAAGUCGAUUACACGCCGCUGGAACUCGAUUCCGAUGUCGAGAGCGACCUCAGCAGCGUCGGUCCUAGAUCAAGAAAGCGCAUCUCGAGCAAAGAUUACGAUCAAACUCACGACGAGAGUGAUCGCUCCUCGUCUAAGAACGCGUCCCUUAAACGCCGAUUCCCGAAUCCCGAUCACUACGAGGAUCCACGAAGAGGCCGAAAUUCCAGAUUCAAAAGUCCGAAUGGUUAUCAGAACGAUCCCUUGAAGACAAGCAGCUCCGAGUUGGCGAAGGAGGGUCAAGAGAGCGGCGUGCCCAAACAGGGUGACUUCAACGAAGUUGGCAUACCGAUAGUGGAUCCGUUUUCGGACGGGAAAGGCAACUCGGGCAGUGCUAACACCGCGCACUUGAAGGACGUGAAGUCGCUGAUCGAUCGAUACGAGCAGAACGCGAGUCAGGAAACUCUAGACGAGGAUCGGUUAUCGGUGAAGUCGACGGAGGGCACGAGAACUCGACCGGAGAGUAAGAUGGGUAUACCUCUGGUAGCUAUGGUUCCCGGUAGGUCAUCCUCUCGGGGACAAUCUUCUUCAGGUUUUGGCAGCUUGCCAGAUGUCUUGCAAGACAACAGUCCUGAUCCACAUUCGGAGAGACUCGGGACUCCCAGCCCGAAAAAUAUCGCUAAAGGCAGCAAAGGAGCGCAGCAAACCGAUCUUUAGAAUUACCAUCGGUGUGUCUUACGUGAUAGGUGUGACGCACGUCACACGUGAAAACGAUGCGUAGUUCUGUAGAUAUUUAUGGAGGAACGAGUAAUCCAUUAGUCGAAUAGAAGCACCGUCACGAUAAAUUUAUAUCUGCGAGCGAUAAGGAGCUUCGACUACAAAAGUACACAACGCUACAAGACUAUCUCUGACAUCUGUCGCGUUUGAGAUAUAAAACCCCCCAUUUAACAAUUUCAUGUUUUGAUAAGUGAACAGUAAAAUUUGACGUACACUUUCCUUAAUUAUAAAUCGUAAUAUCAGUUGUUAGCACAUAAGUAAGUUGCUCCAAU